AUGAAUGAAAAGAAGAAAUCCAUGGCACAGCAGCGCCACAGGUCAACAAGGUCAUAUCAGAAGGAUCAAGGUCAAGCUGAAAUUAGUAAAACGCCUAAAAGCAAGUACACCCAGUCUGAUGCAUGUGGGAGAUGUGGCAAUAGAUCACAUGCCUCCUCAAGUCAGUGCCCAGCAAACAGGCACCAGUGCAGGAAAUGUGGCAAAUGGGGUCAUUUUGAAAAGGUCUGUUAUGCAAAAGCAAUACACAUACUUGACGAACAAAGUGAAGACCAGUGCACUUACAAUACACAUGAUCAGAUCCAUGAUACAGCUUUCUGUGAUGAACUGUACAUAGAUUCCAUAGACACCACAGGUAAAGAAGUCAAAUAUGACGAUCAAGCUUUCGUGAAGCUGAAGCUGAGACAACAAGAUACCACAAGUGAAGUAAACUUCAAAAUCGAUACAGGUGCAAUGAUGAAUAUAAUUCCUGAAAAGCUUUACCAAAGUAAGGAAAUAAACAAAACCACUGCACUGGAACCGACACUUACCAAUCUCCUUGCAUAUGGUGGAAUCAGGAUACAAGGCAAGCGUGGGAAAGUAACACUGGAUUGCACACACAAGAACUUGACAUCAGCUGAAGAUUUCAUUGUACUGGACACUGAAGGCCCUCCAAUAAUAGGUCUACAGACAUGUUUGAGACUAAACAUACUCCAACUUCCCUGUACUGUUGACAAACAACGUGAAGUAAUGGAUGAAUAUGCAGAUGUAUUUGAAGGCCUAGGACUAUUCCCAGGUGAACACAGCAUCCGCACGAACCCAGAAAUAUUACCAGCUGUCAAUGCCCCGAGGAAUGUACCUGUUGCCUUGAGAAACAAGGUAAAAGAAGAAAUUGAAAGAAUGGAGAACAUAGGCGUCCUUAUCAAAGUUGACGAGCCAACCCCCUGGGUGAAUUUCAUGGUAGUAGUUGAAAAGCCCAAAUCGAACAAGGUCAGAAUUUGUCUUGAUCCCAAGGAGCUUAAUAAAGCAGUACAAAGGGAACACCACAGAAUUCCAAACCUUGAUGAUGUUAUAUCCAAACUUGCAGGCAGCAAAUACUUCAGCAAGCUGGAUGCCCGCAGUGGAUACUGGCAGAUAAAACUAACAGAAGAGAGCUCAAUGUUGACUACCUUCAACACACCCUAUGGCAGAUACAGGUUCACAAGAAUGCCCUUUGGUCUACAUUCAGCACAAGAUGUAUUCCAGAAGCGAGUUGACGAAACAUAUGAAGGCCUUGAUGGUGUUGACGCAAUCGCAGACGACAUCCUCAUCUAUGGGCGGACAUUAGAAGAACAUAAUACUCACCUCAGAGCAGCAUUACAACGAUCACGUGAAAGGGGCGUGAAAUUGAACAAAGACAAGUGUGUCAUCGGAGUGAAUGAAGUCACUUACUUCGGACACAAAUUCACAAGUCAAGGCCUUAUGCCAGAUCCAGUGAAAGUCACUGCCAUCGUCAAUAUGGAUCCUCCGGCCAACAAAGAGGAACUGCUUACUAUCCUCGGAAUGGCAAACUACCUAGCCAAAUUUGUGCCAAACUUGUCUGACAUCACAGCUACCCUAAGGAUGUUAACAAGGCAAGACGCUUGGCAGCGUGGCAUUGGGAUGCAACACAGGACCAAGCCUUCAGUCAUCUCAAGACCAUGUUGUCAUGCGAACCAGGACCAGUACUCCAGUACUUCAACCCAGAAAAAGAAGUCACUCUACAAGUGGAUGCCUCAAAAUAUGGGUUAG